CCAAUUGAUGGAAAAGUUCAUUGUCAGAUAGCUAAUUGCAAAGCAAUUCUUGAAUAUUGUAAUAAUCUAUCAACAAUGCAAUCUCAUCUUCAUGGUAAACAUCAAAUAACUAAAGCUUUAUUAAAAAGAAAAUUAGCUGAAGAAUUAAGAAAAACAGGAUCAUCUUCAAAUAUACAACUAUUAUUAGAACAAACUUUAGAAGUUGUAAGGCCACAUUCUAAAAGGCAAACACAAAAAUUAUAUAUUAGUCUUCUUAAAUUUGUAGUUAAUAGUGUUAAAAAUAAAAUUAAUGAGGCAUAUCAUAAUAGUUUUAUUACAAUUCAAGAUAAAAUUAGUAAAGAAGCAACUUAUGUUAGUAUAACACUUGAUUUAUGGACUAUUAAAGAAGUUUUAUAUCCUCAUACAGCUAUUAUAAUUAAAGAAGAAACUAAAAAAUUAAUUAGUAAAUUUCAUCUUGAAACUAAAAUAGUUGCUUUUAUAACUGAUAAUAGUAGUAAUAUGAAGUCUGCUAUACAUCAACUUGAAAUUGAAUCUCAUAUUUCUUAUGCUACACAUACUCUUCAGCUUA